AAUGACAUAACCACUGUGCAGUGCGCGAGGUUGAGUGUUUUUAAAUUAAAUGCGUGAUUAAAAUUAAAUUUAUUUUAAUUUAAAGUAUUACACAAUAAACUCAGUGACUAUGUCGUACGCCCUUAUUCGUCAUUUACGCCGUACGGCAUUAUUAUCACAACAAAUUCGAGUCGAAUCCACCAUGACGAGCUUGACUCCGGAAGACAUCAUAUUUCGGCCUCCUAUGGCUCAAUGGGGCAAAGUUAUCAGAGAAGCCGAGAAGAUAGUGGGAUAUCCGACCUCUUUCAUGAACCUGCGAUGGCUAUUAAGCGACGAAUUCGCCAAUUUAGCGAUGCAUUUACGCACAGUUGUUGGCAUGAAUCACCCCAUCGUUAAGACCGCAAAGAUGCUCCUACACAAUGAACACAACAACCUGCAACCCUGGGGCCUCAUCAUACUCCUACUGUCAAAAGCAGUCAACCCACCAACAUCACUCCUAACCAGCACAGUUACGCAAAACCAGAGAAUAUUAGCCGAACUCACAGAAAUGAUACGAACAGGACACUAUGUACACCGAGGCUUACUAAACAUACCACCGAGUGACCGAAACAAAAGUUGUGACUCAUCAAUAUUUGCGAACAAAAUAGCUAUCCUUAUUGGAGACUAUUUACUUGUAACUGCUAAUGGAAUGUUGGCUAGGCUUAAAAAUCAAGACCUUUCAUACUUAAUUUCUACUGCUUUACGUGAUAUAAGUGAAGGAGAGUUUUAUGGGCAUAGAGAUGCACAAAACAUGCCCGUACCAGGCAAACCGGUGCAGAACGCAAGGGAUGUGUAUGAGAUAUGCAGUGACACAUUACCUUUAGAAGUAAAAGAUGUCCUUGGAUCACCGGUAAGAGAAUGGACAUUGCGAUCAAUGUAUAACGGAGGAUCACUGUUUGGUAGAGGCUGUCAGGGCGCUCUAGUACUAGGCGAACAUGACUUAAAGAAGCAGGAAACCGCUUACAAAUUCGGCUGCCAUCUUUGUUUAGCAUGGCAAGCAGCGACCGAAGUACAAAAGAUGACAUCAGACAAGGAAUCUUCCUUCUCUAUAGUAAGUGCACCAGUUUUAUUUGCUAUUAACGAAAAACCUCAUUUAUACGAACUUGUAGCGAAUAUACAGAAUAUUACAGAGGUGGAUCUAGAAGUAUUAAAAACCGAGGUUUUGAACACAGAUGCUAUAGAACGGACUCGGUUAUUGUAUACAGAGCAUGCGGAUAAAGCGAAGAGUUACGUUGAAGAGUUUGGUGACUGUCAGUCAGUAGACACUAUAAAACAGAUGAUAUAUACAUUGUAGUGAAAGUUAUAGUUUAAAUUAUAUUAUAGACCUUUUUCAGGAAUUGAAAUAUUAGUUGUUAAGAAGGUGAGUGCUUCUCUGUUUUACAAGAAUUGUGAUUGUCUAAUGAAUGUUAAAUAUUAAUAGAAAUGACACUAUAAAAAGGUAUCCAUGUUGUAUUAUAGUUUAUUCUAUUUACAACUACAGAAAAAUAAUAUGAUAUUCAAUGUUGGCUUUAAAGUUUCCGGUAUACCAAUACUUUAAGCCAUAUAUCCUCAAGCGGUCACUGGUGACCGCUCUCUGCUAACUACAUUAAAGACCUUAUUUCCAAUAUUUAGAGACUACUUUUGUAUGAACAAAUUUAGGGGAUGAUUUUCAACAUGUUAAUAUUGCUCUGCACAAACUCUAUUGAUAUUCACUCUAAACCUUGAAAUUGAAACCAUUCGUUCUAAUUUAAAUCUUAUUGUUACUUGCUUUAGACAUGAAUUGCAAUGGCAUUAUAAAUACCCUGAGUAGAAAAUGGAACCGAGUUGAAUUUUUGUAAUUGUGUUUAAAAAUUAAUUAAAAUCAACAUAUCAGUUUGUUUAAUAUGUGUACUGUUGUACUUUGGUAUUUAUUUUUUAUUUAAUGCUUAAGCUAACAUCUUUAAUUGUCUCUUAUUUGAACUUUGGACAUGUUGUUUACUUAGUAAAAAUUGGCUUUUUUAUUCUUUAAUUAUCUCUUACUGCCUAGCCGGCCGAGUGGUCGCAAGUGCGACUGCCAGGCAAAAGUUCGA